AUGGCAUGUUUCCUUCCGACGGCGAUAUCGGAUGAGAAGGAUGAUCACCAUGAACUCCUCAUGGCCAAUGAUACCCCAGGGGCGCUUUGCGAACUUGUCCCCCAGUCCGCUUGGUCUGCGCUCCUUCAAAACAUGUGCGUUAUUAGCAUGUGUCACGCACCAUUCUGGCAUAUUAGCUCCCACUUUGGUCUCGCCAAGUGUUUUAUCAGAUCCAUCAUCCUUGGAUCUGAUAAAAACAAGCUGCGGUACCGCGCCCAGCUAUCACAUCGUCCCUGUCUCCGAGGACACCAAGUCCCCGGUGUGCUGCGCAUGGAAGCCAUCCACUCCGUCAUGACCCGGUGGGAUCGCGUCUUCAUCUUCUUCGGCGUAUUCCUCAUCGCCUACGCGUACGGUCUCGACGGCACGCUGCGUUACGCCUACCAACCCACCGCCACCGCCGACUUUGGGAAGCACUCCCUCAACGCCUCCAUCAAUGUCAUCCGAGCCGUCAUCGCUGCUGCUGCCCAGCCCACCUCGGCCAAGAUUGCCGACGUGUUUGGCCGUGUCGAGCUCAUCUGCGCUUCUGUCGUCUUCUACGUCGUCGGCACCAUUGUCGAGGCGUCUGCCAAGAACAUUGAAACCUUUGCCGGCGGCUCCGUCAUCUACCAGGUCGGCUACACGAUGAUCAUCUUCCUCGUGGAAGUUAUCAUUGCCGAUAUCACCUCCACUCGUUCCCGUCUCCUCUUCUCCUACAUUCCCGCUCUCCCGUUCAUUAUCAACACCUGGGUGAGCGGUGACAUCUCCCAGGCGGUCCUCGAAGCUACCACUUGGCGAUGGGGUAUCGGCAUGUGGACCAUCAUCUACACCGUCUGCUCUUUGCCUCUUAUCAUCAGCCUCUCCGUUGUCGGCCGCCGCGCCAAGAACCGAGGCCUUUUGGCCAACCACAAGUCCCUCUACUCCCAGCUCGGUUUCAGCAAGUUCUUCGUUGACUUGUUCUGGCGUCUGGACGUGGUCGGUAUCAUCCUUGUCAUCGCCGUGUUUGCCCUCAUCCUCGUCCCUCUCACUCUUGCCGGUGGUUUCGUCUCCCAGUCCAAGUGGAAGAGCGCUGAGAUCAUUGCUCCCCUCGUCGUUGGUGUCUGCACCAUCCCCGCCUUCGUUCUCUGGGAGUUCUGGUGCCCCCACCCUCUUGUGCCCUUCCGCCUCAUGAAGAACCGCGCCGUUUGGGGUCCUCUCGGCAUCGCCUGCUUCCUCAACUUCGCCUGGUAUCUUCAAGGUGACUACCUGUACACCGUGUGCGUUGUCGCCUUCGACUUCAGCAUCAAGUCCGCCACUCGCAUUACCUCCUUCUACUCCUUCUUCAGUGUCAUCACCGGUUUCAUCCUCGGAUUCAUUGUCUACUAUGUCAGGCGCCUCAAGAUCUUCAUCGUCUUCGGUACCUGUCUUUUCAUGGUUGCCUUUGGUCUCCUCAUCCGGUUCCGUGGUGACGCCCACGGAUCCAGCCGCGCCGGUAUCAUCGGCGCCCAGAUCGUGCUCGGUAUUGCCGGUGGUAUGUUCCCGUACCCCGCCCAGGCCUCUCUUCAGGCCUACCUGAAGCAUGAGCACCUUGCCGUCAUGACUGGUAUCUACCUCGCCCUCUACAACGUCGGUUCCGCCCUCGGUAACGCCGUCUCCGGUGCUAUCUGGACCCAGGUCCUCCCCAGUCAGCUCUCCCAGAACCUGGCGGGCAUCAACGACACUCUCGCCAUGGAGGCCUACGCCAACCCCUUCGAGGUGGCGGCCACCUACCCCGUCGGUACCCCCGAGCGUGAUGCCAUCAUCGAGUCUUACAAGCACGCCCAGCGUAUCCUCACCAUUGUCGGUAUCUGCCUUUGCGCGCCCCUCAUCUUCUUCGCCUUCACCCUACGCAACCCCAAGCUCACCGAUAGGCAAACCCUGGCCGAGAACUGGGAGUCCAAUAUGAGCUCGGAUGACGAGACCCCCACCGAGGCCCGAAGGGAGAGGGCCUAA